AAAAAAUACUCACAGUCCAAAUAAUGUAGUCAGAGAAGCAGGAGUCGAGUCAAGAGAGGAAACUUUGCUGGUCAUUGGCACAUUGGACUGUGCAACUUUUCUUUCCUUUCUUUCUUUUGUUUUUAAAGGAUUCAGAUUUUCUGCUUGCUCUGGAUUACCAACCAGAAGGAGAUUAUAAACACAAGAACCCUAAAUGCAGAUUUUGGGAAGGUUUUGGAUUGUAAUUUCCUCGCAGUUUCCGGAUCUUUUCUUCACAAUCCCUGUUUUUUUUCCUUCUGAGACCCGAUUCUCGUGAUUGAAACAUCCAACAUUGAAAUAUGAAAAUCUACACUUAAGGGCUGAAGGGUCUGUGUUUGCCUGUCGGAGUCGAGCGCCACAGCUCGAGUUCAUCACAGACACUUCCUGAUGAUGACAGUAAACAUGGAUGACGGUCUUCACAAUGGGCCCGGACAACACAGGAACAUGCAAGACGACGAGGAAGCUCUUAACUCUAUCAUGAAGGACCUGGCAGCCCUGCGCUUCUGUUACCCGCUCAGCAGCAGCAGCAGCAGCAGCAGCCACAAAUCCAAGAGCAGGACGUCGAGCUACAGACAGGAUUUGCGCGUAAAGCUGGAGCAUGAGCGGGAGAAACGGAUUAUUCUCUUCCAGAGGCCGCUGAAGUUCAGAGAGCUUCUGCAGAAAGUCACAGAGGCUUUUGGUCAGCAUAUGGACCUUUACUACACUGACAGAGAGACACUUGUAGCUCUAAAAUGUCAGGAGGAUUUGGACCGAGCCGUAUCGUGUUUGAGCUCCGGCUCUGGAGCAAAGAGUGUGCUGAGAGUUGUUCUGAAAACUCCUGCGAACAACCAUUUCUUGCAGGUGAACAGCAGAGAUAAGCAGAGUGAGAUGAGGUCGUCUCGGUCUCUAGGAGACCUGAAAGGUUCUUUGCUUAAAGGAUCCGAACGAGUGCGCAAACACUCCACAGGCUCUCUGCACACAGGGAGGAGUUCCCCACCGCCGGGCAGCGUGCCCGAGGAGCAGCAGCAGAUUGCACGUCAGGGCUCCUACACCAGCAUCCACAGCGAGGGAGAGUUCAUCCCCGAGACGCCGGGUCCCAACGUCAUGGACCCUUUUGGAAGUGCGGAGGGUUCGCUCUCCAGCAGCUGCCAGUCCCUGGACCAAGCUCUGGACAGUCCUCCAUUCUCCCAGAACAACCGCGACAACAAUUACUUGAACCUCAGCUACGACUAUAAAGGCCGACACGGGAAGCACGGGACUUUCCCACGGCAGUUCCACUUAACCAAUCGCAGCAAGGACUACAGUGACGGUCGUAGCACAUUCCCACGCAGCUUCAUGCCGCAGGAGAACCUGUUCCAGCUGGUGCCAUCGAGCCGCACUCGCAGCUACAACGGAGACAUCACGCUGGCGUACAGCGGAGACCUCCACUCGCUCGGCUGCCAGCGCAGUGCUGCUAAAUCUCCACGGGCGCCAGUGAACUGGCGUCAAGGGAAGCUGCUGGGCCGUGGAGCCUUCGGCGAAGUUUACCUCUGCUAUGACGCAGACACGGGCCGAGAGCUUGCUGUUAAACAGGUGCCCUUUGACCCAGAUUGUCAGGAGACCAGCAAGGAAGUGAACGCACUUGAAUGCGAGAUCCAGCUCCUGAAGAAUCUCCGUCACGAGCGCAUCGUCCAGUACUACGGCUGCCUGCGUGACCCCGACCAGAGGAAGCUGUCCAUCUUUGUGGAGUUCAUGCCAGGGGGCUCAAUAAAAGACCAGUUAAAGGCAUACGGUGCUCUGACCGAGAAGGUGACGCGCAGAUACACCAGACAGAUCCUGCAGGGAGUUUUCUACCUCCACAGCAACAUGAUCGUCCACAGAGAUAUAAAAGGUGCUAACAUCCUAAGGGACUCCUCUGGAAACGUGAAGCUGGGAGAUUUUGGUGCCAGCAAACGCAUUCAGACCAUCUGCAUGUCAGGCACCGGCAUUAAAUCGGUCACUGGCACCCCCUAUUGGAUGAGUCCGGAAGUGAUCAACGGAGAGGGUUACGGGCGCAAAGCCGACGUCUGGAGUGUAGCCUGCACGGUGGUGGAGAUGCUCACACAGAAGCCUCCGUGGGCCGAAUAUGAAGCAAUGGCAGCCAUCUUUAAAAUCGCAACUCAGCCCACAAAGCCCAGCCUGCCUGAAAGUGUAUCGGACGCGUGCCGAGAUUUCCUACGUCAGGUGUUUGUGGAGGAGAAAUGGCGUCCCACCGCAGAGGUGCUGCUCAGCCACCCGUUCGUCCAGGGCGGCUUCUGAUUGGCUUCGGAGCCUGAAAUGCCCGGAAACGCCCCCUGUGCCAGUCCACUCUGCCCACUAACGAUCACCACUCAUCAUUGGUCUGGGGGGAAACUGGUGCCUGUUCCAGCACACUCAGAACAAAGCAGACUCUUCAGCAAGGGCUGUGUGUCUCAGGCACUCCCCCUGCACACACACACACACACACACACACACACACACACAUCUGCUAAGCAGCAUUACACAUUUAGGUUGAGGCUGUAGAGUCCUGCGGUCUACAGAUUUAUCUGUAUUCUUCUCACUCGCACUGAUACACACGCACACACACACACACACACACACACACACACACACACACACACACACACACACAGCAGGCAUAGCACUAAGAAGCUGUUGUUUACAAUGACAUUCAAACAUAUAACUAGUGGCAUGUCUAAUUGGCUUUGCACAAUCAAUACAAUACACAAAGGUUUAGAUUUUUUUGGUUUCUAAGUCCAAGUUCAUUCAGUUUCAUCCACCAUGUACUGUAUGAAAGAGCCAAAAUGUUCCAAGCUCAAAUCCCACAGAGCUACAGAGCCACAACCGGGGGCCUUAAACUAGAACCUCAUGCUAAACCUCAGCUAACUGCUAAAGAAACACCUUUGCAUUUGUAACAUAAUCUCUGUCAGUUAGCAGUAACAGAAUUUAGACCCUAUUCAGAUUCGAUUAUAUCACAUGGGGAUAAUAUAAUGCCAUGUACCAGGGGUUCGUCUGGGAUUUUAGUCCCGUCUGGAUCCAUCAUGUUAGUACAUUUUUACUGACUCUGCCUGAAUGCUAAGAUUACACUCUAUUUGACCUUUUAUAAAUAACCCCAAGUAAUAGAUCCGUCUGAAUUGAUAUAUUUGUCCAUUACAUCAUUCACUCGUUGUUUUCUCUCAUCUGUCUAAUAGAGGAACGAGGCCAGUAAAAUAUAAAUCGAGUAUAAAUGUGGGGUUUGAGGUAGUUUAUCAGAGAUGCAGCCUACAGUACAUACAUGGUCAUGUGACCUACUAAUAACCACACGCAUUACUCGUGGCCACGCCCCCUUACAACAAGCGCUUAUAACAAGUCAGGGCUAACAGUUUUUAUUAAAUUUACGCGCUCAUGCAUUUUUCUAACGUGACUGUUUACUCCAAACGUAUUUCUGGAAAUCAGCGUUAGGUUUCCGUCAAUAUAUUUUUCGAAUUACUGUACAGUCAGCUCCAGAAAUAUUGGCACCCCUCACCGCUUGAUGUAAAUGUAUGUAAAAUAUGUGAUGUAAAAGAAAAUAAAAACCCUUAAAAUUCUGAACAUCGUCAAGAUGAAUCCCGAAAUAUUCGACAUUUAGGCCUUAAAUUAGUAAUGCAGUUGUUGGAAGUUUUUCCAACAACAUGACGCUUUAUUGUUAUCGACUAAACCGUCUUUAGACUUCUGUAGCAAGUGAACUCUGAGUAAACAAACAGUUUUCACAGUGCUUCGAAAAAUAACUCAGUAUUUCUUUAAACACACGGUGCAAGAACUAUAGAUAAGGUUUUCGCGUUUGCAGACGUCAAAAAACACGAAUAAGCGUUCGUAUCAGUCUUUCAGCCAUAAUGUGUCGCUGGGCAGAAAAGCAACAGAAUCAAUGUUUACUUCCUUUAAUAUCCUAAUCAACUUCCUGCCCCAGAUUUGUCCAUGAUGAAUUAAGUGCCGUUGAUCAGAGUCCACACCGACGGCCUGGAGCUAAUCCGUACAGUCAGAUACUUUGUGAGUAAUUUCUCUUAUGCUCACUGUGUGAUGGUUGGAAUCUACCCAAGGGGAAUAAAUGACAAGUCGCACUUGUACAACCACCAGCGUGGUAAAUCCGUGCGUUUAUUCCACCCCAGAGUCUGCACUGUGCUUUCAGAUGAGAAUCAUAAUGGAUUUUAAUUCUUAGCUGCCUUUUUUUUUUUACAUGGCACAAGGUUCACAAGUCGUUUUGUUAGCCGGUGUUCAGAGGCACACGUGUUUCACUCGUGGUUGUGCGUUCGGACAUGUGUGUGUGUGACUGUAUAAUUCCGACAUGCAGGAUAAUCAGCCGAGAUUUAAAGAAACUUAUUUUUAUAAAUACGUCUCUGCUUUUAUAUCCUGGUGUUUGUAUUAUUUUUU